UCGCCAACCGCUGCGCCGCACCGAAACACCAGCACAACCCGUAAACGAAUCAAUCCGACUGUCGGAGAUACGUCCUGUCGCAAGCUUAAAUAUUGCUUCAUUUUGCGCCAUUGCGCUUAAUUGCUGAAUCAACAUCUCUGCAAGCUACCGUCGCAACGGCAUGACGUCGCCCUUCCCAGUCGCGAGGGUCGAAGUCGACUACCCGCUCUACGCUGUCGACUAUGAUCCUGAAGAUGCCAACCGCAUCGUAAUUGGAGGCGGUGGUGGCGCUGGCCGCUCGGGUGUUGCCAACAAGAUGACUGUCCUCGAGCUUACCGACCCAACUGAGCUUCGCAAAGCUGGCGAAAUCAGCCUCUCUAAAGAAGAAGAUAGCGUAAUGUCGCUCGCUGUUGCGGGCCGCAAGGGCAAGCAGACUUGCGUGUACGCUGGCGUCAACUCGAAGCCCGACGAUGUCGCCAAAGGCAUCAAUGAGCACUUGCGCGCCUUUGGCAUCGAGGCCGCCAAGGGACGCUCUGCCUCCAACGAAAAAAUAGCGUCGGUCAAGGUUUCGGAACUCUCUCGCACGUCGCUAUUUACAGAUUUCAACAAGGAAUGCUACCAGCGUCUGGUCCGCGUAUCUGGUUCCGUAGGCGCUGCAGCUUCAUCUUUUGCCGACAAGCCCCAGAUUGCCGUCUUUGACACGACCGGGCCCAAGCCCAAGUCUAAGGGCAUCCUAGAGCUUCCGCGCGACGCCGAAGCUUUGGAUAUCCUCCAAACUGGCGACAAUUCGUUCCUCAUGGUCUACUGCCACAAGUACGAUCUAUACCUGGCCAAGUUCAACAAGGGCGUGCUCGACUCAGAACCGCAGCACAUCUAUUCGAUAUCGGCCGAUGAGCCUCAGCGACCAGCCUUUAAGCACCUGCGUUUCCUCAGCGCCGACUUUGUGCUCGCUGUUGGCGUGCUGCCCAGAAACGCCGGAUCAGUUCUUCAAGCCUUCCGCCUGCCCGGCCCCGGCCACGAGAAGGCACGUAUUGGCGUAUCAGCACGUGUUCCUCGCAAAAUUGUUGCUAGUUCGCUAGCUGUUACAAAUCUCUCUCCUCCUGCCUCGCCUUCGGCUCCAAUUGGCGAUACACAGUUUAUUGUCGCAGUCGGCGGUCAAGACUCCUCCAUCUGCCUCUUCACUCUUUCACACCGCUCAGCCUCGAAGAUCGACUUGCUCUACGAUCUAUUGGAACUGUACACUCUGAAGAACGUUCACAAAGCUGAUAACAUCACCGGCCUUGCCUUUUCGACUUUUGUCACCCCCAAGGCGAACAUCCGCCAGCAGUACAUCAAGCUUGCCAGCAUCUCGCUCCAAAGCUCCGUUGCCGUCCACAGUAUCCCUCUCAAGAAGUUUAUCGACCCUACGCCACGAAGUAAGAACGCUCCUCCUAGAACGCCGCGAUACAUUGUGGCUAUGAAGUCCCAGACGGCUCCGCAAACGCGCAGCUUAUUCAUGAUUUUGGCGGGCAUGGUUGUCAUCAUGGCCAUCAUUGGACAUUACGUGAUCAACUACAGCACUAUUGGCCGCGCGGUUGCGUUACGGAGGGAGGCUGCUGCGCGCAUGCCGCCAAUCACGACACCAGUGGUCGCUGCGGUUCAACCCGACGCACCCCUCUCAGAAAACGCCAUCGUCAAGGCUCUCGGUGACGACAUCCUUGAAGGCGAACAAGUGGUGCUUUUUGAGAAGCUCUACACUGCCGAGGGUCAAGAGGGUGAGAGCGUACACAAGCUACAGGCCGACGUUCACGAUGCGGAGGUUCAUGGGGAGGGUAAGACAUGGGAGGAACUCCCUGAAGUGCAACAGGCUGCGUGGAAGAGGCGUCUGAGUGACGCUGGUGCCUGGACACAAUCCAUGGGUGAGAGCGUCUUCAAGGGCAUCCUGUUUGGCGAGCUGGGCGGCGCCGUCCAUCACGCAAUGGGAGCUUGAGAGGGCAAGCAAGCUUGUUCCCAGUUUGCUGACUCGUUUCGCUUCUUACUUUCUUUACUUUUCUCAGCGCUGUGACGAAGACAUUUCUACGACGGGCCGGCGUUGGGACGGCGUGCUUGAAGACACCAGACAGUGACACACUUGUAUUUUUCUUUUGGCUAUCACGCGGCCAAGACUAUGUUGACAAUUUCGUGUUGCUCUCAUCUAUUUGUAUAAAAGCUCUCCAUAGACAAAUAAUAAUUAACAUUG